AUGUCUGGACACGGCAAGAGGAAGGCAAAGCCCUGGUCUUCAAGAUCCCAGUCAAAGAGGGCUGGUUUGCAAUUCCCUGUGAGCCGUGUCCACCGGUACCUGAAGAAGGGGCACUAUGCGGUGAGAAUAAGCCCCAGUGCUGCAGUCUACCUGGCCUCUGUGCUACAGUACCUGAGUGCCGAAGUGCUGGAGGCAGCAGGGUACGUGACCCAGGCAAAGGGGUACCACCGCAUCAUGCCAAGGCACAUCCUGCUGGGCAUUAAGUGUGAUGACGAACUGCAUAAACUGUUCAGCCAUGUGACUAUUCCCCAAGGAGGUGUCCCGCCCAGAAUUGAGAAGCCGCUUCUGACCAAGAAAACCAACAAAAAGUCUGCAAGUAGAAAGAGAGCUGCCCCCUGCUAG